AUGGUGAUCAAAAAAUUAUUUGUCAAAGUUCAGGAUAAGCUACAUAAUGAAAAGGGUCGACAUGACGAUGAAACCUCGGCGACAAAGUCUCCUUUAUCCAAACGACAAUCCAAGACACUUCCUAAAGCAAGGCCUGAACCCGCAGCCAAGCAUCCUUCGCAGGGGUCAGGCGCACGGUCCAUCCAUCAGGUUUCCUCCAACACCUUGCAACAACCGACUCCUCAUCGAUAUGCCGAGAAGAAAUCCCACUCGUCUAUUUUGGAUUCCAAGCACGAGCCGGAAUUGAAUAGUCGUCAAACUAAUCCAUUUCUUACCGAAACUACGGAAACUACAACCAAUGUAACCAACGAUGUUCGUGUCCCGGACGUGGUUACCUUGUUAAGGACUCCACAACCAUCCAGCCUCCAUGAACCAUCCUUUGAAAAAGACGAUUACGCACAGUAUGAACCUAUGCUGGGUUCAUUUUUACAGCAGAGACCCGCUUCAUCGCCUUUGAAUACGUCUCAAAGCCAUCAUGAUAUCUUCAAGACGAUGAGCAGCGAUAAUGAGAAGCGCCGCCAUUCGUAUGGCUCAUCGUUCGACAGAGCAAGUGAUCAUCACCGUGGACCGAGCUCCGCGUCAAUCGUACAGGCAGAUGCAUAUCCGCGCCAAUCAAACGCCACCUCAAGUGAGUCUCGUCCGUCAAAAGGUGAAUCUGCAUCCUCCAUCGAAGUUUUGUCUUCAGUCACACUGUCACCUUCAGAUACCCGAAAAUCAUCCUUCAUUGACCCGGCAUUACAGAAGGGACAUGAUGAAAUCGUGAAUUCACCAGGUCCGACGAUCAUCAACACUAACAUUCCUCUGGUGGCACAAACCAUUUCGGAAACUGCGGAUGAGGACGAUGGUAAUAAUGCGCCAGAGCGACGCCCAGACCAGUCCGAAAGAGUCUUAAGUCAGGAUUCAUUCAUCACUGCUUCCACGGCGGAUACGACUAACAAAAAGGAUGACACGAUGGAUAGUUCGUCGUCACCCGUGAAUCGUGAAAUGAAGCGCCUUUAUCUGGAGAAUGGGGAAUUGCAACGCCGUAUCAAAGCGCUUGAAGAACAAGUUCGUGUUCUGGAAGACACUUCGACAGCCACGGCCAACACGUUGAUCAAGGAGAACGAACGUUUGGCGGAAAAGGUAGCGACACUUGAAGCCGAAAAACUGGAAAUGAAAUCUCGGAUGACGGAAGAAAAACAAAUAUUGGAACAACAAAUCUCCUUCCUGAAGAAGUCACAACAAGAAUCGGUAGAACAACACUCGCUUCCAUCGCCUAGAACAUCAUCCUCGCUAACAUCUUCGGCAUCUUCGCCCUCUUCGGAAACUGUCGUGACUGACCUUCAGGACGAACUGUUGCGUACUCAUACUCGUGCACAGUUGGGACUUAUUGAAUAUCUAGAAGGAGAAGACGACAUUGGAGCCGCCAUGGCACGAUUCAAGAACCAGUUGGAAAUGGACGCGGAAGGAAAGGUGAAAUGUGCGGGAAAGCGGGAUACCCUAUUUGAUAAUUCCAUGUAUUCAUCGAGCACGUCUUUAUCCGAUGCAAUCACGGAUGACCCUCCGCCAAUGAGAUCCGAUAAUUCGGUUUCUGUUCAUUACCAAUUUUAA